UUUUCCUAAGUUGUGUCGUUAAAAGAGCUAAAACUUUUGCUUUAACAAAUGAAAUUUCUAAUUUGUCUUUUGGCUCUAUCAUUUUGGAAUUUGACGGCUAGUUCAUCACGUAUCUCUCCUCAUGGUUUAGAACACAAGCAACCAAAAAAUGUCAACAUUGAUAUAGAAAAGACAGUGGUGGUUGGUCAGAGUGGUGCAACUCACUUCAAAACCAUCCAAGCAGCCAUCCACUCCGUUCCCUCUGGUAACAAUAAAUGGAUCAAGAUUCAGCUUCAAAACGGAAUCUACUUCGAAAAGAUAGUGAUUCCGAUGGAGAAAGAAAAGAUAAUAUUGCAGGGAAACAACCCAUUGGAAGUGAUAGUUCAAUAUAAUGAUGCAGGACAAGCCAGUUCGAGUGGUCCGAUGAUCGUUAACGCCGAGUACUUCGUUGCAAUCAAUGUCACAUUCAAGAAUUCUUAUAACAAUAUAGCAUCAGUAGUACCAUAUAAAAAGAUAAAGGUAGCUCCAUCAAUUGUACUAACGGCGGACAAGGCGUGGUUCUAUGGCUGCAGCUUCAUCAGUGUUCAAGACACACUCGCUGACUUAGUCGGCCGUCACUACUUCAAAAACUGUUACAUCGAAGGAGCCAUUGAUUUUAUAUGGGGAGGAGGCCAAUCUAUAUACGAAAAGUGCGUGAUAUACGUUAAAGGAAUGAUAAACGUUAAAGGAAUGCCAAACGAUGAAAUGGUGAAAAGCGGAGAAAUGUUACCGGGAUUCAUAACUGCGCAAGGGAGGCAAAGCGAGCAAGACACAAGUGGAUUUGUGUUCAAAUUCUGCACGAUUAAAGGAGAUGGUACGGCGGCCUUGGGAAGAGCUUACCGAGGCUACUCUAGAGUUGUCUUUUACGCAACCAACAUGUCUAAUGUUAUUGUUCCCCAAGGAUGGGACGCCUGGCAUUAUAAAGGCCAAGAGGAUAAAAUUACAUUUGCGGAGGUAAGCUGCACGGGAGAAGGAGCGAAUAAGCAAGGAAGAGUUGGAUGGGAGAAGAAUCUUUCUCAUAUAGAUAUUGCUUUUCUUAUCAACAUUAAAACUUUCAUUGCUGAAGAUGGUUGGAUGACUACUCUUCCUUCUUCUUUCUGAAAGAGUGUUAAAUUUGUUAGCAAAAAAAUAGUUUUUACAUUUGCCUUGUAUCUAAAUUUGUUUUGUAAACAUCCAUCAUAACUAUUUCUUCAUCACGAUCUUCAUCUUGUUUCAACCCAUCUAACCAGCCCCCUCUAUAGACAUGGCCAUAUAUUCCCUUGAACAUAGCAAACCUAUUGUGAAUCCGUUUGUCCACCAAUCGGAUCAGUUGAGAACUAGGUGUAGCGGCUUUUCCAGCUCCAGGAUACCAAAGUACUGCUCUCUUUCACUGACCAGCACGAGUUUUUCCGUAUCAAGAAUCUGUUCACCCAUUGAACCCAUAAUGACGUCUUCGACGACAGAAUUUUCCAGACUAGUUUCAGGCUAGAAACUGUAUUCGCUUCAGCAAGUGAUAUCAACCCCAAGCCGCCCUCUUCUUUCGGUUUACAACCGUCUUUCCACGCUACCUUUGCCAUUUUUGUGCUCAGUUCCGGUCCUGACGAUAGGAAAGCAGAGAAAAGGCUGUCUAUAUCUCUUAUACAUUUCUUUGGUAAUAGGAAAGCCGAAAUCCAGAAAAUGUUAAAGUGUGGAUGACCGAGCUUAUAGAAUCUCGCAUAACAUGAACUGA